UAAAGAAAAUGUUUUGACUCACUGGAGGAUGGACCCUCAUCAAGCUAAGAUGUGCUUUGCUCAGACCGUCGACAGGAACUUAAUUCCGGGUGUAAGGAAGAUGGUGGUGGUGGAUAACCUUUUGUACAUCCUCGACACUGAGGAUGUUCUGAGUCUUUGGGAUCUGCACUUUCUUGUCAUGAUUCACUGUUGGCCAGAACUCGCCGUUCAUGACUUUCAGCUCACUGCAGAAUGUGGCUCUGCCUCCAUGGUGGCCCAAGAUAAAGGCAGCAUGAAGAUGAUCAUGCUGACAAAGCAAGACAACAGUCAGAUCAGCUCACUGCAAAUACGAUUCCUGCCCUCUAUGACUGUUUGCUACUCUCUGGAUGUAUCCUUUGUCUCCUGUCUCGUCCACACAAAAAUAAACAUGGAUGCAUUUUAUUUAGUCGAGGGGAUUUGUGAGAACCCAGAGAGUCGAAGAGAGCCAGUCGCUUCUGUGGUUGUUCGAUCCUUCACAGAGGCUUUACCUGAAAACAGGCUGAGCAGGCUUCUUCACAAACACAUGUUUGAAGAGGCUGAAAAGUUUGCCAUCACAUUUGAACUGGAUUUAGAG